AAAGUUUAAUAAAUUUUAUAAAAAGUAGCAAAUAAACGUUACAUUUAAUUGUACCGAACUACAAGUACAUAUAGAAACACAGGAAGAUGGAGUAAAUUAAGUGUGCACCAGGAUACACUACAACCCUAUAGGGGGAAGAAACAAAAACAAUGAUUCACAAGUGAAGACAAUCACCCAAAAGCGAUAAAAAAUGUUUGCAGUAGUAAAAAGUCACGACCGCUCAACAAAUUAGGAACAAAACAACGCUAUAAAAUAACAAAGUGAAAAUAUUUUUUUUUUUUUUGUGAAGUUUUGACGUCAAAAACAGUUUAAAGAGACACAACAAACUGUCGGAAGUGUCAAAAAUCGCGUAACUCAUAGGCAAAAUGCUCGCAAAGGCUAAAGUCCGUGGUGAAUAAGUAGAGACACAUUUUAUUGUCAUUGGAUGAAGACAGCAAAAAAUUGUCGCCAGCUAUAUGAAAAAUAGACAAAUGGCGGACAAUGACCUACUUAGAAAGUAGCUGUUGAUUUGUGCACUAAAAGUUCUUUUUUAUGUUUACUCUGUUUAGCUAUUUGGAGCAUAAGUCUUGCAUCUUAGAAUUCUCGUUACAACGGUUAUAACCGCUACUCACCAACGUCAUCUUCGGCGUGGAGUUUGUGGCGGAAGUGCGUUACAUACGUACAAUUCGUUUUAAUGUCGCUACUGCCCCCAACACAAGCCACAGCACCCGAAGCAUUGUCUAAAAUAAUAUUUAUAACGAUAAUGCCAAACGCCGCCAGCGAGCGGCAAUCCAAUGCAAAAGCGUGCAACUGAUGCUACUAUGCGGUGGAGCACAGUGUGUGCGACAAACACGAUAAACAAAAGCAACAUUAAUAACAAAGAUAGCAACACAACAAAGACAAUAAUUAAAAUAUUUCCUUUUAUUUGUGUGUAUUCGAAAGCAAAUCGCCGCGAAUCAAAUACAACAGAAAAACAAGCACAUCAAACGCGACACUAUGGAUGAGGAACGGAAGAGACGCGCCCAGGCAUUGGAGCGUGAGAUGCGCGAUCCACACAGUAUUUGCAACAUCGACUGCCUACUGGAUACAGUGAAUGCGUUGGUUAACGAUUGUGAUCAUGAAUCAUUGAAGCGUCUAAAGAAUAUCGAGCAAUAUGCCACCAAAUAUAAGCCGAUGUCAAAGCAGAUUUGCCAGCUGCGUAUGAAUGUCGAAGACUUUGAUUUUAUCAAACUGAUCGGCGCCGGCGCCUUUGGCGAAGUGCAACUGGUGCGACAUAAAUCCUCGCGGCAAGUGUACGCCAUGAAACGGUUAUCCAAAUUCGAAAUGAUGAAGCGUCCCGACUCCGCCUUCUUCUGGGAGGAGCGUCACAUUAUGGCACACGCCAAUUCAGAUUGGAUCGUGCAACUACAUUUCGCCUUUCAGGAUGCCAAAUAUUUAUACAUGGUCAUGGAUUAUAUGCCGGGCGGCGAUAUUGUCUCGCUGAUGUCCAUGUAUGAGAUACCGGAGAAGUGGGCCAUAUUCUAUACAAUGGAGGUUGUGCUCGCGCUGGACACCAUACAUAAUAUGGGUUUUGUGCAUCGUGACGUGAAGCCGGAUAAUAUGCUGCUCGAUCAUCAUGGCCACUUGAAGUUGGCCGAUUUCGGCACAUGUAUGCGCAUGGGUCCCAAUGGCUUGGUGGUGUCGAGCAAUGCCGUCGGCACGCCGGAUUACAUCAGUCCUGAGGUGUUGCAAUCGCAGGGUGUGGAUAAUGAGUAUGGACGCGAAUGCGAUUGGUGGUCAGUUGGUAUUUUCCUGUACGAAAUGCUUGUGGGCGAUACACCAUUCUACGCGGAUUCGCUUGUGGGCACGUACGGUAAAAUUAUGGAUCACAAGAAUUCGUUGAGCUUUCCCGCUGAGGUGGAGAUUAGUGAGAGCGCCAAAUCGUUGAUGCGUGCGUUUCUCACCGAUCGUACACAGCGUUUGGGUCGGCAUGGCAUCGAUGAAAUCAAGGCGCAUCCGUUCUUCGAAAACGACACUUGGACGUUUGACAACAUACGCGAUAGCGUGCCACCAGUAGUGCCCGAGCUGUCCUCUGAUGAUGAUACGCGCAACUUCGAGGAUAUCGAACGCGAUGAGUCGCCGGAGGAGGUGUUUCCCACACCCAAAUCGUUCGAUGGAAAUCACCUGCCCUUCAUUGGUUUCACAUAUACCGGCGAUUAUCAGCUACUCUCCAAUGACACUGUCGACGCCGAGGCAAAGGAGUCGGCGAAUGCGAUCGCCAACCACAGUCACCGGCAUCGUCCUUCCAAUUCAAAUGAAAUCAAACGUCUCGAGGCACUGCUCGAACGCGAGCGCAAUCAUUCCGAAACGCUGGAGAGGCAAGACAAGGCGCUGCGUCAACAAAUCGAACUGAUUAGUAAGCGUGAAGCUGAAUUGCAGCGCAUCGCCUCCGAGUAUGAAAAAGACCUGGCGCUGCGGCAGCAUAACUACAAAGUGGCCUUGCAGAAAGUCGAGCAGGAGAUAGAUCAACGUAAAAAGACUGAGGCAAUGCUCGCCGAGGCGCAGCGCAACCUCGACAACGAGCAGAAGAUACGCACACGCGAGAUGAACAAUAAUCUGCAUCACAAUGAGAAGAUCGUCACGCUGGAGAAACAGCUCAAAGAAAUGGAGGAGAAUUUCAAGAACGAGAACGAGCACGUGCAAAGACUCAAAAAGCAGGUGGCCGAAUUGGGUUUAACACAACAAGAGUUGGAGGGCAAACUGGCGCAAUUGCAGGCAUUGAUUGCCACCUUACAAUCUCAAAAGGAUGCGCUGCAGCAAGAAGUAGCCGAAACGCAAGCGCAGCUGGCACAAGAGAAAAAUGGACGCUCACAGCUGAAAGAACAGGUCAAGGAGUCUGAGAAUAAACUGCAAACCAUGGCGAAUGACUUGGAACGCGUGUCGCAGCGCGAGCAGCAAGCGCACGAGGACAAUCGCGUGUUAACCGAGAAGAUCUCUGAUCUGGAGAAGGCGAAUGCUAGUCUGGACUUUGAGCUCAAGGCGUUGCAGAGUCGUUAUCAGCAGGAAGUGAAAGCGCACCAAGAAACCGAGAAGUCGCGCAUGCUCAGCCGCGAAGAGGCGAAUCUACAGGAGGUAAAAGCGCUACAGACCAAGCUAAACGAGGAGAAGUCAGCGCGCAUUAAGGCCGACCAAAACUCACAAGAGAAGGAACGCCAGUUAAGCAUGCUGUCGGUGGACUAUCGUCAAAUACAGCAACGCUUGCAAAAGUUAGAGGGUGAAUGCCGCCAAGAAACGGAGAAAGUAAUGGCGUUGCAGUCGCAGAUCGAACAGGAGCACUGCAAAAAGAACACACUGCUAUCCGAGCUGAGUUUGCAGAGCUCCGAAGUUGCGCAUCUGAAAUCGCGCGAAAACCAACUGCAGAAGGAGGUCAGCUCCUUGCGCGAGGCGAAGCGUAAAUUCGAAGAGGAAAUUUCGCAAAUCAAAAACACGUUGAACAAGGAAAUUCUCUUGAAGCGCGAAUAUCAGGAUCAACUGGAAGCCGAACAGUAUUUCUCACGCCUCUACAAAACACAAGCGAACGAACAUCGUGAAGAGAUAUCGGAGCGCUGUCGUGAAAUACAGGAUCUGAAAGAGGAACGCACGUCGCUUAAACACCAAGUACAAGUGGCUGUGGCGCGUGCGGACUCUGAAGCGUUGGCGCGCUCCAUAGCUGAGGAGACCGUGGCCGAUCUGGAGAAGGAAAAGACAAUCAAGGAGUUCGAAUUGAAGGACUUCAUGACCAAAUAUCGCAAUGAAUUGGCAGCGAAGGAGGCGGCUCUUACGACGGCUAAGGAAACCGAAACCGAGUAUGUCAAAAAAUUGAACCAGAAGAAUGCGGAAACCGACGAACUCUUGCAACAACAAAAGAAACUGCAAGACGAAAUGUCGCAACUGCGCGCCACCAAGGACGAAGAGCUCGCCAAGCUCAAGGAGAAACUGCAAACCGAAAUGCUGCUGAAGCAGGUGGCUGUCAACAAACUGACCGAGGUGAUGAAUCGGCGCGACACGGACUUGCAAAAGCAAAAAGGCAAAGCGCGCUCAUCCGCCGAGUUGCGUAAGAAGGAGAAAGAGAUGCGUCGACUGCAACAAGAGCUUUCGCAAGAGCGCGAGAAAUACAACCAGUUGUCGCAAAAACUGCAAGACGUGCAGAGCCAGAUCAUCGAAGACAGUCAUAUCAAGCAAAAGCUACAAAUGGAAAUCGACUGCAAAGCCACGGAAAUCGAGCAGCUGCAGUCGAAGCUCAAUGAAACCGCCUCUUUGUCAUCAGCCGACAAUGAUCCCGAGGACACCCAAGUGCUUGAUUCGGUGUUCGAGGGCUGGUUAAGUGUGCCAAAUAAACAGAAUAUACGCCGUCACGGCUGGAAGCGGCAAUAUGUGAUUGUGUCAUCGCGCAAAAUUAUCUUUUACAAUACCGAAAUCGACAAACAGAAUACAAUCGAUCCUGUGCUUAUAUUAGACUUAAGCAAAGUAUUCCACGUGCGUUCUGUGACGCAGGGUGAUGUGAUACGCGCCGAUGCCAAAGAGAUACCACGCAUUUUCCAGCUACUCUAUGCCGGCGAGGGCGAAGCGCGGCGUCCAGAUGAACAAAAUCAAUUGGAUAUCAGUCAGUUGUUGGCGGACGAACGGCCCAGCACCAUUAUGUAUAAAGGUCACGAAUUCGUGCACAUAACAUAUCAUAUGCCAACGGCCUGCGAGGUCUGUACAAAACCAUUGUGGCACAUGUUCAAGCCACCAGCGGCGUAUGAAUGUAAACGUUGCCGCAAUAAAAUCCACAAGGAGCAUGUAGACAAUAAUGACCUGCUGGUGCCGUGCAAGCUGCAUCACGAUCCGCAUACUGCCAAAGAAAUGCUGCUGCUGGCCGGCACGCCCGACGAGCAGCAUCUGUGGGUGACACGCCUCUCCAAGCGCAUACAGAAGUUCGGCUACAAAGCCAACUCGUCAUCGAACAAUAACAGCGGCGGCGGCGAUGGCAGCAAAAUAUCGCCAAGUCGACUGAAAUGGCAACCGUCAAUAACGUCACAACACUCACAACAAACACAACAACGGCACUCCUCACCGCCAACACCGCCACCAAAACCAUUGUCACUGCAACGGCAAAAAUCACAACCACCAAUAUUUUACAACAACAACAAAUGAAACGAAUGCACAAAUUGUAAUUGAAACUGUAAUAACAAUAACAAAAACAACAACAACAAUUGCUGUUGUGCAGCAGCAACUUUGCGGAACAGCAACAACAACAACUAAUAAGACUAUCAAAUAGCCUGCGCAACAGUUUUAUUAAACGCUUUCGUACAAUCACACGCGGCGAUUAGUGUGUGAGUUUUAUGAAAAAAAAUUAAAAAAUAUAUAAUAACGGUAAUAUGUAUAUUGACUCUAAUAUAUUGAGUAGCGUAAUUCUUAAGACACAAAAUUCGCUAAGUAAUCAAAAAAAAAAAAGAAAAUCCUUGGACUAAGUUUGCGCACAUUGCAGGAUUUUUCUUUGUACUAACAUAUUUUAGAAUGUAUGUAUAUGUAUGUAUAUUUAUUUUUGCUUUAAGUUCUUACUUGUUUUUAGGUUAUGUUGAAGUUGCUCAAGCUUUUGUACUUAAUAAUUUUAAAAAUAUAUUUAUAUAUUUAAUAUUUACCAUACAAA